AUGGCUCACAGCAACAUCUGGAACUCCCACCCCCGCGGUUACGGCAAGGGCUCCCGCGAGUGCCGUGUCUGCACUCACCCCGCUGGUUUGAUCCGCAAGUACGGCCUCAACAUCUGCCGUCAGUGCUUCCGUGAGAACUCUGCCGCCAUCGGUUUCACCAAGACCCGCUAAAUGCUACAUCGUUUUUAGAAACUACGGCAACCGUGUUCGCGCGUUCGCUGGAAUAAAAGAUUCGAUUUUCUAGCAUGUCCUUGUUUCCUGUUGUAGCACAAGACUUGUUGAUGAAUAAAUGUUCAAUGAACAUGUUUGCUAUA